AUGGCACCAACUAAUCCCGAAGAAGAUUCCAAACUACGAAAACUUACACAUGAACUUUGUAAUCAACUUGCCACAAAUCGGGAACAAAUUAGGACAUUACAACAUCAAGUUGAAGACUUAAAGUCUCGUACCGAAAAUUUGGAAGGACCUUUUAUAUCUCGUUCUAUUAAUUAUCGAGGACCAUCAUUUGAAGUCGGGACAGAUUUAGAACGUCAAAAUGCCCGAUUGAUGUUAGAAAAUCAACAAUUAAAUGAAGAAAAUUCAGAAUUAUUAUCAAUAGUUAAAGAAUAUGAGGGUACUUUACAAGUUAUGAUGAAUAAAUUUAGAGUCCAAUCUUAUGAAAUACAACAAAGCAAAUUAUCUAUGCAAAGAGAUUACGAAAAAUUAUUGGAAGAAGAAAGGACAAAAAAUUCUCAAAUAUUAAUUGAAAAUGCAUCUUUGCUUACCCAAAUCUCAAAAAUAAGUAAAAUAGUUAGAAAAGCUUAUGAUGCACAAGUUGAUUUGGAUACAGAAAUUUUAUUGGAAAGUUUAUAUAUUGAGAAUCAAGGAUUAAGACAAAUGUAA